AUGUAUAUAGAACUGUGCAUUAUAAUAGUUAUAUUAUUUCCAGCAGAUGGAGGCACAAGCAGGAAUUCCUUGGAGGGAGAUCUCAUCUUGUCUGCAGAUAGUAAAAUAGAAGAUAACACCACACAGGAUUCUCCAGGAAACAUCCCCAUUACUCUAACUAUAUAUCCAGUACCUGAUACUUCAUCUGAUCCCACUAAUCGCGAUGACUGUUCAUCUAAUACCUCAGAUUUUGUUACACAUCAUGCAGCUCAUACAUGUGAUAAAAUAUUUCCAUGCUCUGAGUGUGGGAAAAGUUUUGCACGCAAAUUACAACUUGUUAUACAUCAGAGAAGUCAUACAGGUGAGAGACCAUUUCCAUGUUCUGAGUGUGGGAAAUGUUUUAUAGUCAAAUCACAUCUUGUUGCACAUCAGAGAAGGCACACAGGUGAGAGACCAUUUCCAUGUUCUGAGUGUGGGAAAAGUUUUGCACUCAAAUCACCUCUUGUUAGACAUCAAAGAAGUCACACAGUUGAGAAACCAUUUCCAUGCUCUGAGUGUGGGAAAAGUUUUGCACUCAAAUCACCUCUUGUUAGACAUCAAAGAAGUCACACAGGUGAGAAACCAUUUCCAUGCUAUGAGUGUGGGAAAAGUUUUGCACGCAAACCAGAGCUUGUUAUACAUCAGAGAAGUCACACAGGUGAGAAACCAUUUCCAUGUUCUGAGUGUGAGAAAUUUUUUUCACUCAAAUCACAUCUUGCUAGACAUCAGAGAAGUCACACAGGUGAAAAACCAUUUCCAUGCUCUGAGUGUGGGAAAAGUUUUGCACUCAAGUUACAUCUUGUUAGACAUCAAAGAAGUCACACAGGUGAGAGACCAUUUCCAUGCUCUGAGUGUGGGAAAAGUUUUGCACUCAAGUUACAUCUUGUUAGACAUCAAAGAAGUCACACAGGUGAGAAACCAUUUCCAUGCUCUGAGUGUGUGAAAUGUUUUCUGUGUAAAUCAGAUCUUGUUAGACAUCAGAGAAUUCACACAGGUGAGAAACCAUUUCCAUGCUCUGAGUGUGGGAAAUGUUUUCUGUGUAAAUCAGAACUUGUUAUACAUCAGAGACGUCACACAGGUGAGAAACCAUUUUCAUGCUCUGAGUGUGGGAAAAGUUUUGCACGCAAAUCACAUCUUGCUAGACAUCAGAGACGUCACACGAGCGAGAAUGCAUGCUCUGAGUGUGGGAAAUGUUUUCUGUGUGAUUCAGAACUUGUUAUACAUAAGAGAAGUCACACAGGUGAGAAACCAUUUCCAUGCUCUGAGUGUGGGAAAAGUUUUGCAGGCAAAUCGUAUCUAGUUAAACAUCAAAAAUUACACAGGAGUAAAGCAUUACUAUGAUCUGAUACACAAUAGGGUUGUAGCAACAUUUUUUUGUAUUGGACAGAUCCGGACUGCCCAUCUGUCACCUCUGGCAUAUUCCAGAAGUGCCAAUGGACUGGUGGUUUCAUCCAGUUCCACAGAGAGAUGGGAAGGCCGUGUGCAGUGCAGCCUCUAGCUCUCUGGUUUAGCUGCCCCUACUUUCCAAAGUGUCUGUCUCCAUGGAAAUGGGCGUGCAGUAAGUCCACGCGCCCCUCGCAGCACGUCCUCGUGUGUCAUGUCCUUGCGCCCCCCGUGAUGUACGCUUGCAAGUUUACAAAUGCCCAAUCCAAAUAGGAGCCCCAUUUUGUCCCUGCCAGUAGAUAUAGGCACCACUCUCCACAUCAAUACCAGACCAUCGUGUUAUAUAAGCGUCUAUGGGCCUAAUUCAUGGUCGAUCGCAAAACGAAAAUCUUCCGCUAAUGGGAAAAACUAUGUGCACUGCAGGUGGGGCAGAUGUAACAUGUGCAGAGAGAGUUAGAUUUGAGCGAGGUGUGUUCAAACGAAAAUCUAAAUUGCAGUGUAAAAAUAAAGCAGCCAGUAUUUACCCUGCACAGAAACAAUAUAACCCACCCUAAUCUAACUCUAUCUGCACAUUUCUCAUACAUCCUAGGGGAUGCUGGGGUCACAUCAAGAACCAUGGGGUAUAGACGGGAUCCGCAG